AGGUCAGAGGGUGUAGCUAGGGCACGUGAUAGGAAGGAUGGCUGCAGUGUUGUGGCAUUCCAGAGACAGGAAUUAUAAAGCAGAAUUAAAAUCAUGCUGCCUGGACGCUGUACCUCUCGAGUUUGGUGAUUUCCACCCUCUGAAACUUAUUACAGUCACCGAGUCAAAAACUAAGAAAACAGUGCGGAAAGGAAGUACUUCUUCUACAUCGUCAUCUUCCUCAAGUUCGAUAAUGGAUCCUCUAAGCAGCAUGCUGGAUGGGAGUGAUCCUCUGUCUCAGUUUGUUGCAACAGCAGAUCCUCUGACAUGUGCCAUCAUGGGAGCAGGAAAAAGCAAUGCCAACAUGGAUCCUGGUAAGAAACAACGUGAAAAAGGAGAAGAUACAGCAGUUGGGAAUGACUUUGAGCCAUGGUCUGGAAAACGCACCUAUAUACUUGCACGAUACACAACUACAGAAAAACUUUCCAUAAGUUUAUUUAUGGGAUCUGAGAAAGGUAAAGCCUCAAGUCCUGGAUCUGCUGUCUCGGAAAAAGUGAGGACUCGUUUAGAAGAGUUGGAUGAUUUGGAGGAGGGAUCUCAAAAGGAACUGUUAAACUUGACACAGCAGGAUUAUAUAAACAGAAUUGAAGAACUAAACCAGUCAUUGAAAGAUGCAUGGGCUACGGAUCAAAAAGUGAAAGCACUGAAAAUAGUUAUACAGUGCUCAAAGCUGCUGUCUGAUACUACCGUGAUCCAAUUUUACCCGAGCAAAUUUGUUUUGAUCACUGAUAUUUUGGACACUUUUGGUAAACUAGUGUAUGAGCGAAUUUUAUCCAUGUGUGCAAGUAGUCGUGUUUCCCUUCCUGGGAUCCCUAUACCAGAUAAUUUUGGUCCAGAUGAAGUGAAUGAAACUGCAAAAGAAACUUGUUUGAACUGGUUCUUCAAGAUUGCUUCAAUCAGAGAGCUGAUUUCCAGAUUUUAUGUGGAGGUGGCUAUAUUAAAAUGUAAUACAUUCCUUUCUAAAACUGGGAUCUCGGAGACUCUCCCUCGGUUGACCUGUAUGAUAAGAGGGAUUGGUGAUCCAUUGGUUGCUGUCUAUGCUAGAGCAUAUCUUUGCAAGGUUGGAAUGGAAGUGGCACCACAUUUGAAAGACAACUUGAAUAAGAAUUUUUUUGAUUUCCUCUCCACUUUUAAACAAAUUCAUGGUGAAACAGUUCAGAACCAGCUUGCUGUGCAGCGGGUAGAAAUCCCUGUCUACCUUACGCUAUAUUCUCCUGCCAUAGACUGGAUUCUUCAGUGUAUUGCAUACAGAGCACCAGAGACUUUACUUACAGAAAUGAUGGACAGGUGCAAGAAACUUGGAAACAAUGCUUUGCUGUUGAACUCGGUAAUGUCGGCAUUUAGACCGGAAUUCAUUGCAGCAAGAUCUAUGGAUUUCAUUGGCAUGAUAAAGGACUGUGAAGAGUCUGGCUUUCCCAAGCAUCUUCUUUUCCAAUCCUUGGGGUUAAACUUGGCUUUGGCUGAUCCCCCUGAGAAUGACAGACUGCAAAUUCUUAAUGAAGCUUGGAAGGUUAUUACCAAACUUAAGAGUCCGCAGGAUUAUGUUAACUGUGCUGAGGUUUGGAUAGAGUACACAUGCAAGCAUUUCACAAAACGGGAAGUUAACACUGUCUUGUCAGAUGUCAUUAAGCAUUUAACUCCAGAUCGAGCUUUUGAAGAUGCUUACCCACAGCUUCAAUCAAUCAUAGCAAAAGUGCUAGAUCAGUUUCGUGACUUUGCAGUUUUAUUUUCGAUGGAGAAGUUCCUCCCUUUCCUGGAUAUGUUCCAAAAAGAGUGUGUGAAAGUGGAGGUCUGCAAAUCCAUUAUGAACGUUUUUAUUAGGCAACAGCAAGAAUUGACCCGUGACCCUGUCAUUCUUAAUGCUCUGAUGCAUAUUUGCAAGACAAUGCAUGAUUCUGUCAAUGCUUUAACAUUGGAAGAUGAGAAACGGAGUUUGGCCAUUCUAAUCAGUGGAUUUAUCAGAGUGGUUUCAUUUGGUCGUGACUUUGAGCAGCAGCUAAGUUUUUAUGUGGAAGCCCGGUCUACCUUCUGCAACUUGGAGCCUGUCCUCAUCCAGUUGAUACAUAGUGUGAAUCAGCUUGCAAUGGAAACAAAGAAAGUGAUGAAAGGCAAUCAUUCCAGAAAGACAGCAGCAUUUGUGCGGGCUUGUGCUGCAUAUUGUUUCAUUACAAUUCCAUCGCUGACAAGUAUCUUUGCACGUCUUAAUCUCUACCUCCUCUCGGGCCAAAUAGCUCUUGCAAACCAGUGCCUUUCACAAGCUGAUGCCUUCUUUAAAGCAGCAAUCAGCCUUGUUGCAGAAGUACCAAAAAUGAUAAACAUCGAUGGGAAGAUGAGAACUUCAGAAGGAUUUCUUCUUGAAUUCCUUAAUAAUUUCUUUUCCACAUUAUUGAUGGUGCCUGAUCAUCCAGAACAAGGUGUCUUGUAUUUGGUGAGAGGCCUUUUGAAUGUGAUCCAGGACUACAUUUGGGAAGAUCAUUCUGAUUCAAAAGUACGAAUCUACAUAAACGUUUUGCAUUUGUUGGCUGCAGCAAGUCAAGAAACUUAUCUUUAUCAUGUGGAUAAAGUUGAUUCCAAUGAUAACCUCUAUGGCAGUGACCCCAAAUUCUUGGCUGAGAUUAAUAAACUUGCUGAAACUCUGAUUGGACAAAUCUUGGACCAUCUCAAGACUCUUGGAAAAGAUGAGAAUCCAGCAGAUACAAGUGUAACUUGUGCAACCUUUUCCUCUGAAGACAACACACCCAAUCCAAACGCUGGUCACGCAACCCGUCUCUGAACUGCUUCUAACACG